UAAAUCAAUUAAAGUGAGUUUUCGUGAUUUAGAUAAAAAAACUUUUCGAAAAAAUUAGAGAAGAUUGGAAGAUCCUGAGAAGCGACCAUGAAAAAUUGAUACUAGAGUACCAUCUGAAAUUGGGCCAGUACUUAUAAAUUGGAUACACAGGUACAAAAACAUUUCAAUUCAACACAAAACAUACUAUUGUUAAUAUAUUGUGUUGAAAUUAGGUUUUGCAAACUUGGCGCUUUUGGUAUUCAUACUGGAUCCAAUUUUUCCGAUAAUAAUUGACAAAGUUUCUAAACCAAAUGACACUUUACCGCGGAGAUUCGCUGUUCCGAUGGAAUUCGUCGUGUGUGAUCAACAAAAGUACUAUUGGUACCUCUUUUAGGUUUGUCCAAUUUUUCCAUCAUUUCUAUAAUCAUGGUGAUAGUUUGCUGCGAUGUCCUCUUUAUUUCAUUUGUGCAACAUGUUUGCGGGAUAUUUGCCGUCGUGGGCUUUCGUAUAGAGCAUGCACCUAAUGUAAUCAUUCCUCAUGAAAUACUCAAGGGGUCAAAUUUUGGCAGCAACUAUCAAGAUGUUCAUUACAGACACUUUGUUACUUACAUCAGAGACCACAGACGAGCGUUGGAAUUCGCUGAACUGAUCGAAACUACAUUCACCGGAUCUUUUGGGGUCGUUGGGCUAAAUUUACCCUUAAUGAGUAUCACUGCGGUCCAGAUUAUGGCUGAAACAAAUUCAAUCCAAGACACUGUCAAAAACAUUAUGUUCACUGGCGCCCAAUUGGUCCAUCUUUUUUUUGACUGCUACAUGUCUUAAAGACUGACGGAUAUGAGCUCCCAUAUCCAUGA